GUUUCUGAUGCAGACACAAACAAGAUUGACAGAAAACAAAAGGAAACCUGUGAACAGAAGGAAGAGCCAGAGCAGGAACUAAGCAAGCAAAAGCGACUAAAGGUAAUACGGGGUCCCUAGAGCCAAAGUGUGGAAAACAAGCAAAAAAGCUGCAAAACUGGAAACAAUUGGACAUUUUGGAAAAUUUUGUGGAAAAAUACUCUGUGCGUUCGCGCAGGUAUGUCACGCGUUCGCGCCCACGCGCGUCUGUGACUCUGCGCGUUUGCGUUAUAAGUUCACGCGUUCGCGCUGAAUAACGAGCGUGAUUCCACGCGUUCGCGCAGUUACUUGGCGCGUUCGCGUAGAAGGAUUUUCUGCCCAGUUCGACCAGAACUUGAGCUUUGACGAUUUUUGCCAUUCCAGUUCCUAUAAAAAGCCAACUAGGGUUUUCUAAACACAUCUUUGGCAGUUUUUAAUCAAGUUUUGGAGGCUAGGGUUUCACCAACACCAUUGGAGGAGAAGAUUGGAAGCACUUUAAUGAGAUAUUUCUUAAUCCUUUCUUCAAUUCCUUGUUUUGUAUUGAAUAUUUAUGUGUGUAGUAUUUCAUUUCAAUACUUGAACCUUGUUUAUGGAAGUAUACAUUGUUUAAGUUUGGAUUGAAUCUCUUGUUUUGCUUAUGUGUUGAAUGAUUUUAUUCCUAAUGAAGUGGGUUAUUGAUUCUUUAAUUAAUCUCAUUUUGAUUGAUUCUUAAGGGAGUAGCUAACCCUAAGAGUUGCCCAUUUAUUUCGAUUUAAACUUGAAAGAGGCAAACUCGGGAUUGGGAAAGAUUAAUUAACAAGAAUUUGGGGCGUUAACCCUCAUCUAAUGGAAAUCGACCUAGGGAUAGGCGACACCACUUGUAGCCAUAUUCGGGUGUUCUUAAUGCUCCUAAUUGCUUUAGGGAUAUUCAAUUAGGUAGUCUAGUUAGUCUUCGGAAGAAGCUAAUUUAGAGUCAUUAUCCGAGGCUAAGUAAUAUAAACUCACCAUUAUUUGUAAAUCAUGAAGUACAUUGGAUCGUUACUUGAGCGUAGUUUCCCUUGUAUCCAUGCUUGUGGCCAUUGAUCAUUUUACUUGCUUUCUAGGUUAGUUUACAUUUUUGCAUUAGUUAUAAUUUUCUCCAAAAACCAAAAUAUUAUCUAUUGUUUGGCAUAGCUAUUAUUGGUGAUAAUUCCUACUUUUCCUAAUCGCCUAUAUAUUGUUCUCUGUGGGAUUCGACCCCGACUCAUAGUUGGGUAAAUUAUAUUUGCAUACGACCGUGCCCAUUCUAAUUAAUAGGGUGGAUUUGGACGUUAUCAAAAUGGCGCCGUUGCCGGGGAACAAUUUGGCGUAUUUGGGUUAGUUUGGAAUUUAAGCUAACUUGCUUUGGUCCAAACUUUCUUUGCUUUAUUUUAUCUUUAAAAAAAAAAAAAAAAAACUGACCAGUUGGUGCUAAACUGCAAAGUUUCUGCAGAACUGUUCAGUUUUUGCAAAACUAUCCAGUUUUUUUUUUUUUUUUUUUUUUUUUUUUAAAAUGGCAUCGUAUAAUGAAAACUGGUUGGAUGGUAGUUGUUCAUACUUUGAUGACCCAUGUCCAUAUUGUGGAGGACCUCACUUUUGGCAAGAUUGUGAAAAUGCUCUCGGGAGAGAGAUGUGUGCACCGUCUCAAUCCUAUGAUGGGAAUAUUUGUAAUAUAUGUGGUGGUCAAAAUGGACAUUGGAGUGAUUGUCCUAAUUAUUUUCCUUCCCCUCCCCCAAGUUGUUCUAAUGAAAAUACUAGUUGUGCUUUUGAGUUUGAUAGGAACAAUGAUAUGGCAAACGAAGGGCAAAGUACCGGAUAUGAAGGUGUCAUGGAAUUGCUCCAAGCAUACUUUGACCGGGAAAGGGAGGAGAAGCGAGAACUCAUCGGGCAAUCCAUUUUAGAAAUGAACAAAUCACUUAAGGAUGAAAAUCUUUCAAUUUCCAUGGAUGUGCCUAUUCCUCAAAAUGAAGUAGUUGAAGAAGAGAUUUCAAAUUUACAAGAUGAGCCCGAAAAUUCUUGUGACCACAACAAGAGUUGUGAAAUUGAAGAAGUGGUUCAACUUGAAGAAAAUGAGUCAAGUCAUAAAGAAAAAAUUUCCAAUACUCGAAAAGAGGAAAUUGAGGAAAUGUUGAGUGGCAUUAUGGGGAGAAAUGAAAAAUAUGGGAAAAUUGUGGCCAAAUGGUGGGAAGUAGUUCAAUAUGGAGAUGAUGAAACUAUCCAAAACAUGGAUUUCACCACGUUAGGAUUUUUACAAGCUUUGGACGAUUCUCACCAUGAAGACAAACUUGAUAAAGUGGAUAUUGUGAGCCAAGAUUGGCUAAUGAAUCAAGCUCAACAACUUGAAGUCUAUGGGGAUCACCGUGCAGGCUUUUCACGGAUGAUGGAAGAAUAUCUAAAAAUGCAUGUUGAGCAAAGUCAAGAAGUGGAGCUACUUGAAAUUGAUAUCCGGAAAUUGGAGGCCGAAUUGAAUGCAAAGAUUGAAGCAUGUAAUGCUCAAUAUCAAAGUGCCAUGGAUCAUAAUUUUGAGUUGGUUUCCAAUGAAGAAGAGGUCAAGAUUGAUUUUCAUGAGCUAAUGGUGAAUUGCCAACCGACCAAUUCGAAAAUAAUGCAAGAUGUCUAGAUUGAAGAAAUGAUACUAGAGUUGCAUAAAAAAGUUCAUAAAAUAAUUUUUGAAGACUCUAGUUCAUUUUUGGGUGAGGAUGCCAAAAUUCAUGCAAAUUUAGAAUUUGAGCGUGUUAGACCUCAUUCUAGCCAUUUUUCAACGUUGUGCUUGGUGGAUGAUAUGGAAGUUGAACCAACCAAGCCUAUGGAGAAUUUUGGAGAUGAAAAGCAAAGCGUUUUCAUUUUGAAGUUUGCUAUACCAAGAAGACAAAAUGGCAUGCCUCACUCACGGGCCAAGAAGUGCAAAAUGCGAUACCCAAAAGUUGGCCUCCUUGAUUUUCUACCACCGCCCCAUGAGCGUCAUCAUAAUCUUGAUUCAAAGUUGGGGCGCAAAUUCAUAUCCUCCAAGUGGAGGGAAAAGUGGUAAAGGUAUCCGUCGUGCCGCGACGUUAACUCAAGCGCUUGGUGGAGGCAACCCAUCAUUUAUAAAUUUUUAGAAUGGUUUAUUUUAUUAUUUUUUAUUAAACUUAUAAAAAAAAAACCCUCUGGAAAAAUGGGGUUUGGUAUACCUCUGCGCGAACGCGCAUCAUUUGGCGUGAACGCGCUUAACAAAAGAAAAAGAAAAUUUUUUUUGCUCAGCGCGAACGCGCUACUAGUCUGCGUGAACGCGCCAAUACGGAUCUCCCAGGUACAAAACAGAACCAAAGGGGGCAUAACCCCCAUUUCCCUCAUUUUUCCCCUCCCUUUUCUCUCACUUUUUUCUCUCAAACCAACUUCAAAUUUUAAGAAAAAUUCUUCAACUUGCAACCACAAGGUAUGUGAUCCUCUCAUUCUCUUGUUCAUAGGGUUGUAUUUUAUCAUCUUUUCAUGUUAGAAAUUGUGAAAGAAAAUUUUGACUUUCACUUGUUUAAGCAUAAAAAUUUGAUGAAAUUGUUGAAUUUCCUGUCAUGUACAUUGUUGUUAGUUGUUGAGUGAUGUGAAUUGAGAGUUGGGUGUUGAUAUGUGAAAAAAAAUGGGGCAAAAUACGUGCUUAAAAUCGUUGAAUCAAAGCCCCAAAAAUCAUGCCCAUAACAUGCUUGUGAAAAUGCCUUCUGAAAAUCUGAAACGACUUAGCGCGAACGCGCUGAAAAAAUGAAUCAAAAUUGCGCGAACGCGUCCUUUUGUUCCGCGAUCGCGGUGAAGAAAAUGAUUAAAAUGGUGCGAACGCGCCAGUUUGUUGCGCGAUCGCACUGAAGGAAAAUAGGCAGUGCACAAA